AUGACGACAUUUGUUCCUCUCACAAAACUCAGGCCAUUCAAAGACAACUGGAGAAUUCAAGUGAAAUGUUUACAUUCAUGGAAGCAAAAUACACCUUUUGCAGGUGAUACUUUCGAGAUGGUCUUAGCAGAUCAAUGGGGUAACAAGAUCCAUGCUACUAGCAAACGAUCUCUCAUGCAACGGAUUCAACGUGUCUUACCUAUAGAUUCAUGGGGGGUUAUUGAACAUGUUACCGUCACUCCGGCUGGUGGUCAAUAUCGAACUACCAACUACAAAUACAAGAUGGUUAUAGCAGAAGACGCUGUGCUGUCAAGAUCAGAUUUAGCUGAUGAUAGAAUUUUCCUAUCUCUUGCUAAUUAUGAAGAAAUUGAAAAUGGAACAAAAAAGCAAGCUUUCCUCAUAGAUGUUAUAGGAAGAAUUCAUGAACUUGGUGAUGUCCAGACUGUUCAAGUGUCUGGCGAAGACAGAAAGAGGGUUCAGUUUCGCUUAGUUGAUGCAGAAGGAAACAAUCUAGCAUGCUGUCUCUGGGGAACAUAUGCCGAGCAACUUGAACCGUUUGCUGGCAAAGAUCAAACAAUUAUUUGUUUGAUCAGGUUUGCAAAAAUCAAGGAAUUUAGAGGAGAGCUGCAAAUCACUAAUGCUUUUGAUGCUUCACGUCUGUUCCUGGAUCCGAUGAUCCCUGAACUUACCCAUUUAACUGAAAGGCUGACAAAUGACGAUCUCUCUGUUGCUCUGGUCCAAAAACCAUCUGGAAAGAAGGAUGGUAAAAAGCAUUUAUACAACUGGAAUGAUGCUGAGAUCAAAACAAUUUCAGAAGCCGCUGAGUCCACUCAGGUGGAGAUUUGCAAAAUCAUAUGUACUAUUGAAGCAAUAGAUACAAAUUGGUCUUGGUUCUACAUUGGUUGUAACCGACACCAAAAACGUGUCAACAAGAUUCCUAAUGUGGAUUAUGGAAGGAUGACAAAGAAAGAUAAGCCUUUGUUUCGUUGUGAACAUUGUCGUUCAAAUAUCAAUACGGUUGGACCCAAAUUCAAGCUACAUUUGGUUGUCAAAGAUGACUCUGCAACAUGUAAUUUGAUGUUGCUAGGCUCUGUUGGUAAGUCUAUCGUUGCAGUGGAUGCUGAAGAAUUAUGGGAUGGCUCUUAUGAGGAGAUUGAAGAUCCAGAGAUACUACCAGAACCUAUUCUUAGUUUGGUUGGAAAGUCUUUCUGUUUUGGUAUUUCCAUAACCUCAGACAAUGUCACAAAUGGUUCAGACACUUUUGUUGUUUUAGAGAUUUGUUCUGGAGAUAAAGUUCUUACUAUCGAGACUGACUCUCAAUCUAAUUCUGAUUAUGGUCACUACUUCUUCCACCAUGUCAUCUGGAUCAGGUUCAUUGAUACAGAUAGCCAGCAAGUUUUUGAAUGUUCUUCUCUAGAGAAUACUGAUACUGAAAAUGGGGAUUCUGAUUUAGAUGAUCCUAUGGAUUAUGAGCCAGAGGUUGAGCCAAACAAUAGUGAGAGAGUGGCACCUAAUUCAGAUCACAUUGUUGGUGUUGUAAAGGCGCCAAAACCUCCUAACCAAAAGUGUUUUAGUGAAAACGGUAUUGAUUCUGUGUGUUUUCUUGAUUCAUUAACACAUUUCGUGUUCAUCUUCGUCUAA